UUGUCCGUAGGGGCAAGCUUGUCAUUUUCAUCAGACCCACUGAUAGUCCUCGGUUGUCUCAAAAGCGCUUGAGGUCGCCACUGAGCAUAGUGUGCUCGCGGUGGAGCUCUCCACACAUAAUCUCCAUCGAGUUUGAUCUACUGAGAAACUAUGGCCAAAGGAAUGACCCAUCGAGGGUCAACUUUCCGAUCGAGUGAACAGACUCCACAAAUCUUCCUGCAAAAGCAACAAGGUUGGGGAAGAAGCAGUGCUCUGAAAACACGUCAACAGCUCAAGUGGGCCGUCUACAUCUGCGCCAUUCUUUUCUGCCUGCAAGCCCUUCUCGAAAGUGUCGACGCAAAACCAGUACUUGCGUCUAGUCUGGGCUUUUGCAAAAAAGUUCCAGUGCUCAAGGGAGCUCCACUGCAUUGCUGCCUGCCUUCUCCGAAGAGAAAACCGAUCAGAUUUAGAUCUCCGCGUAUACCUCGUACUCUCACUGGUCGCCUGAUUCUCAGGGAGAGGAAACCCGCGCACGUCUUGCAGAGAGACCCCAAAUAUGUCAGGAAAUACAAUCUAGCUUACGCUAGAAUGAAGGCGCUCCCGGACACCGAUCCGAGAAGUUUCCUCAAUCAGUGGAGGGUCCACUGCUCCUUCUGUAACGAGGCCUUCAAGCAGCGAAAGACUCCAGGCCCUCUGGGCCCUGAGACCGGCGUUCCACUCCAGGUUCACUACAGCUGGACGUUUCUUCCGUGGCAUCGGAUGUAUCUGUACUACCACGAGAGAAUUCUCGCCAGUUUGAUCAACGAUCCCACCUUCGCCCUCCCCUUCUGGAACUGGGACAACCAGCUGGACCAGGACGCAGCGAUGAUCCCCGCAAUGUUCCUUUCCAACUUCAGCGUUCCCAACGCUGCCCUCUUCGACGAGUUCAGAAACUCCAACCACUUCCCUCCCAAGAUCUUGCACCUGGGAUACAACUCCAAGCUCGAAGCAGAGGGCAAGCAGAACCUGACCAACCAGCAAAUCAGAUACGAGAACUUGUGCGUCAUGUACAACCAGGUGGUCACGAAGAUUAGCGCUCGAGACUUUCUCGGCGGACCUUACGUCGUCGGGACUGAUAACUCCGCGGCUACCGUCAACGCCAGCGCCGGUGAGGUGCCCGGAGAGUCCGGUGGCAUGGAGAACGCCCACAACGUCGCUCACGAGUGGACAGGGCUCAUCAACGACCCCAAUCACCCCGACAACGAGGACAUGGGCAAUUUCAUCUACGCCGCUCGGGAUCCCAUCUUCUACAGUCAUCACUCCAACGUCGACCGCCUGUGGGACGUGUGGAAAACCAUCCCCGACAAGGUCACAAAAUCCGGUAGCAGGAAGAGAAUGGAUUACACUUCCAGAGACUUUCUGGACUCCGAGUUCACUUUCUACGACGAAAAUCAAGACAUGGUGAUCGUCAAGGUGAGGGACAGCCUCGACAGCUCCAAGCUCGGGUACAAGUUCACGGACGUAAGUAAAUCUGACAAAAUGUGGAUAAACUAUGAGCCACUGCCUCCCCAUCAGUCGCCGAAGAAAAGCAAUUCCAGUGACUAUCCUGCAGCAGCUCCAUCAGGAUACAACUACAUUGGCACGGAUCCUGUCAGUUUUAGGCUGGAUCGUCGAGCUCCGACGAAGGAAAUCGCUCGGCAGAGGGGAGUGAAGAAUGUAGAUCAGUUGCAGGAGAACGUCGUGCUGGAGAAGGUGAAAAUUCCGCAUUCAGAAUACGCCAGAUUUGAUGUGUUCAUCAAUUACCCGGCAGCUAACAGGCAGACGCAUCUGUACAUGUCGGAGUACGUGGGUACAUUCACGCAUUUACCGAGCGGCAUGGUGGACAUGAGCAAAUCUGUUUCUGAGUCAUCUAGCAAAUCAGAAAAGUUCCGAAUUGUAACCAUCCGCUACUGCGUCAAUGCGGCUCUGAGACGACUGGGCAUCACAGAUUACAACACGGACAUCAUCGUGACCAUAGUCUCCAAGGGAGCCAGGAACAGCAGCCCGAAGACCGGGUUCACGUUCACCAACCUGAAACAAGACUUCCAGUAACUUUGACGAGAAAGCCGUGUCUCAGUUUUGCUUCAGACACGGUUUUAUCAUUUAGAUCUCCAUCAUCGAAGUGGGAAAUUCGUUUCCACUAUUGAAUCUUAAAAUUCACAUUCAGUUAAUUAAUUCAACAGAUAAAGCUUAGUACACAUUUAUUAUUUAUUAUGUUAAGAAUCUCUAGCAAACUUAGGCCCAAGGGUUCAGGUUUAAGGUCCCACGCAGGUUUAGCUCCAAGCGCAUGGACCUUUAACAAAGUGCUAGAUUUGUUUGAGAUCACAAACAUUCAUUAAUUCAUGCAUGUUGAUGGAAUAAAAAAGUAUGGGAGUCAUCAUGCAAGAAAAGUUACUGUUUUCCUUUUCUGUGAGUAGAAACCAUUAUCCCC